CUCUCCCUCUCCCUCUCCCUCUCUCUCUGUGACUGUGCCCUCUCUAUCUAGCGCCUCUGCCCUUGCUUCCUUCCUUCCGAGGCUCGAUUUCUUCCUUUGCUCGUUGUUUACAAUAGAUUAAAUCGUGCUCCAGACGUAGACGCAGCAGCAGGUUAGGCCAGGCCAGGCCAGGGAAGCGAAGGCGACUGACUGACGCGGCUGUUGACAUCCACUGCCGCUGUCUGCCUUUCUUUACUCCCUCGCUGUGCUUCAGCUCAGCUCGGCCUUUGGCUCGGGGCCCCUCUGCCCCUGCCCCUGCCCCUCGGGGUGGGGUGGGGUGGGGUGGGGGUUUUGGUCGAAAGGGGAAAAAGCGUCAUGGCGUCAAUCUCGUACCUCUCUCCUUGUACAGUUGUGUCCUCCGCAAGCUGCUUGCAACACGGCAGUUUCGAUUUUUAAUGGUGACUUUAAUUCGUGGUGUCCCUUUCAUGUGGAAUCUGCGUGGAUGCGCGAUGUGGAAAGGUGCCCAGACGCAGCCCCGCCAGCAAGCCAGCUAUCUCGAUUAGAGUCCAUUAGAUUAGAAGGCCAGCGAGGCCGAGCUCGAGGGGCUCGCUUGUUCAGCUCGGAAAGGAAUCGCGCAGCAGAGUUGCCACCAUGGAGAAAGAUCGCGCCCGCAGAUAAGUCUUCGCUCCCGGAAAGAUCCCAUGUUUGAAGCUCGUACGCGUGGCACCAGCACUGUCGGCUAGUCAUGCUGAAAAGGCCGAAAGCUGAAAGAGGCGACGAGGUUGUUGCGAUGGUUGACCUUCGAACGAUUUGCUUGCGGGGGGGCGAUCGAUCGCUCGAUCGAUUAAAGUGAGCUCUUAGAAGUUCAUCGCUCGAGACUUUUCGCUGCUGCAAAGAUCCCAUGCCUCUAUCCCGGAUCCCGAUCUUGACCUCGAAGACCUGAACGAACGAACGAUUGAUUGACGUAUUCAUCUUCGUCCGAUCGCUGCCAUGGACGACGUCCCCACCGCCAAGACAAAGACAUUUCACGAGAUUUCAUUCAUUCAUGAACAUGGCCUGCGCACCUUCUGCCUGUGUCAUCACCAGACACACUCACAGACACGAAACAAAUGCGAAAUACGAUCUUGUUGGCUGCGGUCUACAUGUCGCUGGGUCGGUCAUAUUCCACAGCAUAGCUAGCUAGCUAGCUAGCUAGCUACCAGCGCUCUGAAUACAACUUGACCGCUGACCAUGCCAAUUCAACCAUGUGCGUAGGUUUAUAGAAGACACACAUCCCCUUCCGCUGAACAUCCUUAUUUUAUUCAUCAAAAUCCCAAGCCUGGCAAUGUGGCAACCGAUAACAUACACACACGUGCAGAAGGGUCUUGCACCUGCAGCCGAACGCAGUCGUCG